AUGUUUAGGUCAGAAGAAAUGGCAAAAAACUUGAGGUGGCACUUUAGUAAUAAGAGUAGCGAUGGAAGACUCCGUCAUCCCAUGGAUUCCCCGACUUGGGAUCAAAUGAAUCACAAGUUUCCUGCAUUUGCUGCUGAAGAAAGGAACAUCAGACUAGGACUUUCUACUGACGGUUUCAAUCCGUUCAACAUGAAGAACACCAUGUACAGUUGCUGGCCCGUUCUGAUGGUCAACUACAAUUUGCCUCCAGAUUUGUGUAUGAAGAAAGAGAACAUCAUGCUCACACUGCUUAUUCCUGGACCGCAGCAGCCUGGUAACAGUAUUGAUGUCUACUUAGAACCUCUGAUUGAGGAUUUGAGCCAUAUGUGGAGUAACGGAGAGGUCACUUAUGAUGCCUUCAGCAAAAACACUUUUACACUCAAGGCGAUUCUCCUAUGGACCAUAAGCGACUUCCCUGCAUAUGGUAAUCUAGCUGGAUGUAAAGUGAAAGGUAAAAUGGCUUGUCCUCUUUGCGGAAAAAACACGGAUAGUAUGUGGUUGAAAUUUAGCAGAAAACACGUCUACAUGUGUCAUAGGAAAGGUCUACCUCCAACGCAUAGAUUUCGCGCAAAGAAGACAUGGUUUGAUGGAAAAGUUGAGCAUGGGCAAAAGUGUAGGAUAUUAACAUGUCGUGACAUUUCUAAAAACCUUAGAAAUUUCAAGAACAACUUUGGGAAUGUCAAACAAACUGGAAACAAAAGAAAAAGGAAUGCGUGUGUGGAAACAUGCUCUGAUAAUGAUGAGGAAUCCGGAGAAUCAGAGGAAGAGGAUGAUAUAGACGAAGACGAGGAAUUACCGGUGAGGCAUAACUUGGAUGUAAUGCAUGUCGAGAAAAACGUCGCAUCCAGCAUUGUCUCAACUUUAUUGCAUUGUGGGAAAUCUAAAGACGGCCUUAAUACUCGGAAGGAUCUGGAAAAUCUUGGUAUGAGGAAGGAUUUGCAUCCUACCAUACAAGGUAAACGAACUUACCUUCCACCAGUGCCGUGGUCUCUAUCCAAAGCCGAAAAGAAAAUCUUCUGCAAGCGACUUUUUGAUUUUAAGGGACCGGAUGGAUAUUGUUCUAACAUAUCCAGGGGAAUUUCCUUAGAAGACUGUAAGAUUUCUGGACUCAAAUCGCAUGACUAUCACAUGCUGAUGCAGCAGAUGCUACCGAUUACACUAAGAGGAUUGCUUCCUAAAGGUCCGAGAGUCGCCAUCUUUCGUCUAUGUGCAUUCUUCAACUACCUAUGUCAGCGAGUUAUAGAUAGGGAACAAAUUUCAAUACCUAUUACCUCGGAAGAUAAUGACGAAACACUGAAGUGGUUGGCUUACGGUCCACGUAGUAGUGCGAUGUCAACACCGGUCGAGUGCAAAAGAUGCUUCACAUGUUGCGGAUUUAAUUGCAUGGCCAUCGGUAAAUUAAUUGCAUGGCCUGCAACCAACUAUGUUCUUUUAGACACAUCAGAAGAUAUUGCGAAUAAGGGCAUGACAACUAAUUCUUCGACCAAAUGCAAACUUAUUGACUGGUCCGGCUCCGAUGAGAUUGUUGGAGAAGGUCGUUGGCAGUCAGAUGAUCCAAAAACAAUAGUUAACGGUAUCCCUCUUGGACCAAAGGCAGUUAAAGUUUUCUUGGAGGUUGUACAUGUACCAGAGACAUUUCUUUGGAGGCCUACAGCUGACAUGACUUACCUUGACGAUUCUUUGAUGUCUUCUGUGUCGUGGCCUGCCAAUAGAGUAGUUAUCCAAGAUAAUACAGAUGCAACAUCCCAAAGAUCUCAAGUUCGGAUUACAACAUCAGGUAAAACUGCAUCUUGGAAGACGAAUCUGUCGAAAACCUGCAUCAAUAAGUAUACAAACUCCAUCAAGACAAUACCGCAAGUCACCACCAACAAGUCCAAAAGCUCCUAUGAAGGAACCUCAGGCAACUUCACAAUCCACUCUUCGAAGAUCUCCGGUAACUUCCUUAUUCUAUGCUUGUGUGUGUUUACUACUCAUUAUACUUUGCUGGACAUUAAUGGGAGCAGUGUUGUAGCUGAAGGUCGUUGGGCUUCAAACAACCCUAACCAAACCGUGCAUUUUGUUCCCUUGGGUCCUAAUGCUGUUAAAGUUUGGAUAGACGUGGUGAAAGUCGGUGAUGCAGCAGUUUGGAGGCUGUGUUCUGAGAUUGAGUGUAUGGAAGAUGCUAUUGGUACAUCCAUUGCGUGGCCAGAGAACAAGGUGAUCAUGUGUUAA